CUAUCGAAUCAGCGAAGGGAGCUAUCAAAUUAACCGGUGGGAUUCUUCUCCAAGCGGAUCAUGGCAGCUACAAAAGAGCAGAAAUACGAUAGACAAUUGAGGUAGGUAGCGGUGGAAGUUCUGUGCAAAUUAUACAAUUAUUUGUUAAACCUAUCGUUGCAUGAGUUAGAUAUAUCUCCACUGACAGACUGCAGCUAGCUAAGGUAGCUAUGCUAGCAAGCCCAGUAAGGUUAACUCUUUAUGCUUGAUAGUCUAUUCUCUUGGGCUAACGUUAACUAUGACAGCCAGCUAGCAUGCUGUAAAAUUAUAUCUAGCUACUGUAGCUAGUCUUCACUGACAUACUAGUUCACUGACUGAAUCGCAAAAAGGGUUCCUUGUUCUCAUCUAUUUACCAUACCAGAUGAGAUGUGAUAAUAGCUAAAUAACAAGGCAUUGGAGAUGACAAGGAGAUUGGCAACAUGCCGUUGUUGUUAUGAUGGCCUGUACUCCAUUUCAGAUUGUGGGGAGACCAUGGCCAAGAACAACUUGAAAAUGCACACGUAUGCCUGAUCAACUCCACAGCAUCUGGGACUGAAAUACUCAAGAACCUUGUGCUUCCAGGUAAAUAUUUCAAUAUUUGAUAAUAGAAAAGACCCGAUGACCAGGAGUGAAAAACACUGCUCAAAGGGAAUGCAUGAGUAGGCUACCCUACCUAAGCGAGUUGCUCUCUUCCUCAGGCAUUGGAGCAUUCACUAUUGUCGAUGGACACAAAGUCUCCGGGGAAGACGUCGGAAAUAAGUAAGAACGUAAUAGGCCUAUUGUUUGUAUUAUCCCCUCAUUGAAGCGCUUUUGAUCUUAAAAUGUUUUAUACAAUAUACUGUCUUUACCUUCAAUGAACUUCCUUUUCUUUUCUACUCAGCUUUUUUCUUAGCAACAACAGCAUAGGAAGGGUGAGCGAUUAUAACCUAAUGAUGUUCUACUUUAUCAAUAUCUAAGCUUUACCUGCAUGCAGUAUGUCAUAGCAAGUCAUCUCGGAUGGUGUGUUUUCCAGAAUCGAGCCCAGGCUGCCACAGAGCUGCUACAGGAGCUGAACACUGAUGUAUCUGGCAACUUUGUGGAGGAGGUUUGUGUGUUCAACUAUGAGCAGCUCUCCCUGUCACAGUUCUCCCUGUCACAGCUUUCCCUGCACAGAUUUUGUCAUAUUGUCAGAGAUAAAAGAGCCUCAGGGUCUAGUGGCGCAGUGGUCUAAGGCACUGCAUCGCAGUACUAGCUGUGCCACUAGAGAUCCUGGUUCGUAUCCAGGCUCUGUCGUAGCUGGCCGCGACCGGGAGACCCAUGGGGCGGCGCACAAUUAGCCCAGCGUCGUCCAUGGUAGGGGAGGGCAGGGAUGUAGCUCAGUUGGUAGAGCAUGGCGUUUGCAACGCCAGGGUUGUGGGUUCGAUUCUCACUGGGGCCAGUAUGAAAAAAAUAAAAAUAAUGUAUGCACUCACUAACUGUAAGUCGCUCUGGAUAAGAGCGUCUGCUAAAUGACUUAAAUGUAAAUGUAGCGGUAGAUCUUGUUCAUUCCGAUCAAGGUAUAGAUUUACUAUAACGCUGCACCAGUUGAGUAGCCAUUGAUGGGUCUCACUGCCCACAAAGUGCAAUUCCUAUCUGAGUGUAUUGAUUGCUGAGUGUUCUAAAACAAGCAGAGCACUUAUAGUAGAUCAAAGUAUUAUUUGUCAAACUCUUAUUGUGAUUUAUUUUCCAUUAUAGAGCCCAGACAAGCUCUUGGACAACGACCCUGAGUUCUUCCACAGAUUUACCCUGGUGAUUGGUGUCCAGCUGCCAGAAAGGUGUGAUUUCUUUCUCUUAUUCUUAUACAUUUAUCUAUAGACGUACAUUUCAAUGUAAAUAUUUGAUAUUUAUGAUAAUCUUACAAAGUAACAUCAAAUAUAAAAACGUUCUCUUGUCGUGUAAAUGAUUUUGGUUUUAUUUUCACAGCACAUGUUUGAGACUGGGGUCAGUGUUGUGGGAAUGCAAACGUACCUUUCCUGGUGUGUAGAACGUAUGGCCUCGUCGGUUACAUGAGGCUAGUAGUGAAGGAGCACACAGGUAUAGUAAACCUUGUGAGUCAUGCGUGUAUUGCUGUGUCUGUAGUAAUGGUGACAAGCACUCAAGGUCAGUGCUCUCUUGCAGUUAAUCGAAAACACUCAAACAAGUUGUUUGCGAUCACUCCCUCUUCUAGUGAUUGAGUCUCAUCCAGACAAUGCCUUGGAGGACCUGAGGCUUGACCAACCUUUUGCAGAGCUCAAGAACCACAUCCAGUCCUACGACUUGGAGGGAAUGGGGAAGAAGGUGUGUUUGGGCUGUUGACCCUGUUUGUUGGCCAGGUUUUUUUUUUUUUUUUUAGGCCAUUUGUAUUUUAGUUGCAAUUUGGUCCUCACUGGUUCAUGUAUUUUCUUAUGCUCUUGCAUUCUGCAGGAUCACAGUCAUACACCAUGGAUCAUCAUCGUUGCCAAAUACCUAGAAAAGUGGUUCAGUGAGGUAAUUAUUCUGUGACUAACAAUCAAAUGCACAUUCUACAGCACCCUAUGAUGUACAAGAGAGCUGACGAUGAAUACAUUUUCAUAUUUUCUUUCUAGCACCAAUUUUCAGUUACCGAAGAACUACAAAGAGAAGGAGGCCUUCAAACAGCUUAUUCGGCAAGGUAUUUCACUUGACAUAGAUUUUUUUUUAAACGUAAUUUGUAUUUUUACAUUUUCACCAAAUUUUAAAUGUCUACAGACACUAUCUUAUCCAGAUUAUGCCUGACUGUAAAUGGUUUGUGUUCUCAUGAUACCUGGUUUCCUCAGGAAUCCUGAAGAAUGAGAAGGGAACUCCUGAGGAUGAGGAGAACUUUGAGGAGGCCAUCAAGAAUGUCAACACAGCCCUCAACCCCACCAAGGUGGCACUUCUCAUACCUCACCCCUAAACCCCCCUCACUCCUUUCAGCUGUAUUAUGUUAAUCCGUGCUGCUGGUUGUAUGAGAUCACUGGAGGUUGGUACUUUGUCAACUCUGCUAACUCCACUCUCACCACUGUAGAUUUCGAGUGGCGUUGACGACAUCUUCAAUGGAGAGCAAUGCAAUGACAUUACAUCACAGGUGAGUCUAAAUAUGACAUGUCUACUCAGGCCAUGAUUGAAGCAUCCUGUGAAUUAUUUAUUAGUAAGUUUAAUACAUGACUGAUUGUUGUUCUGUCUUUCUCUGUUAUACACAGACUCCAGCCUUCUGGGUGAUGACGCGAGCAGUGAGGGAGUUUGUGCAAAACGAAGGUGGCGGAAACCUUCCUGUGCGUGGCUCCAUUCCAGACAUGAUUGCGGACUCAGAGAAAUUCAUCAACCUCCAGAAUGUGUAGGGAGUGAUUAUAUUAUUAAUUUAUAUGGCAAGCAGCCAGCCACCGAUUUAAUUAAAAAGUCAAUGAAUUGCUUUAUGAGUUAAUAGCGAGCACAGCUCAGUGCUUGUGAGACGGGGCAUAUCAAGGAGAGGACAAUCAUUGCAUAAUAAACCAUAAACCAAUGUCUAUAGUUAAAUGGUAGAAUAGCAGAAUUAUGUGCCAAACCAUAUGAUGCUGAGAUUUCGACUGUUGUGUACGAUUGCUUGUGCCUUAACCUUAUUUCCCAAACACAAGGUAUGCUUUGUGCUGGCAUGAUCAUCAUAGUCCUGGCCUGGGCAUUAAUGCAGGCAUAUGUUUUCAGUUAUAGAGAGAAGGCAAUGCAAGAUGCAUCCGUCGUGUCUAAGCAUGUAGAGUCUCUCCUGCAGUCUGUUGGAAAGGUAUGUGGACCUUAUUCUGCAGUCUCAGGGAUAGUCAAUCUCAUGCGAUGUCAAAAACACAUAGUAAGUCUCCAGCAGUUGUACUCAACUGUUUUGAAUAUAGAAAGUGCUGCAUAAGUAUCAACAUUUUAUUACCUUUUAUAAAUUGUAAAAUAAGGUUGAAUUUCUGAUUUAUUAUCUAGCGAAAUGGGUUGAUUUCUUUGUCUUUUUCCUUGCCAAAGCCUUCAGAGAGCAUAUCUGAGCAGGACAUCAAACUAUUCUGUGAGUAUUCUGACAAGCACACACACACAGCCAUAUAUAACGUGAACAGGACAUGUAAUAUGACAGAAAUGUAAAUGGAAUACUCUAACUCAUUGAACAGUAACUCAAAGCGUCAUGUCGGUCAGGUGUUGUUUGUCAUACAGUAGUGUGGCUGAACUUUGAUGAACCCAUGAUGAAAGGGAACACUGUCCAGUAAGUUGAGCCUGGCCUUGUGCUGUGUGUUUCGGUCUGCAGGUAAGAACGCUGCCUUCCUGAGGGUGGUGCGCUGCAGGUCUCUGGCUGAAGAAUACAGCGUGGAGACGGUCAAUAAAGAUGAGAUCAGUAAGUCCAACACCGUACCGACUCCCACCUUGAUUUGGCUUAUUGUUUCUCUUUUGAGUCCCUUUGAUAAUGUGUGUUGGUAGUGUAUACUAAGAUACUGCUCUCUCUCCUCAGCCUCCUGCAUGGACAGUGCAGAUGGGGAGAUGGUGCUGUACCUUAUGUUGCGCUCUGUGGACCGUUUUUAUCAGCAGCACUCCCGCUACCCAGGUACGGCUAGGCUGGCGUAGCUCUGCCCCCAACACAACUGUCUGUCACCACCACCUAGCACACAGCAGAACUAAACUGUGUUCCGCCAUUUUAAACUGCCCAUCUCCAGAUAUGUGAUAUGUUUUUCCUCUUUUUGAAGGUGUCUACAAUUACCAAGUAGAAGAAGAUAUUAGCAAGUUGAAGCUGUGUGUGAACAGCCUUCUGCAGGAGUACAGCCUCAACGUCAAUGUGAAAGAUGACUACAUCCACGAGUUGUACGUUUUUGUGCAUAGUGUCAAGUCAACUGUUCUGUGCAGGGACACUGGCCAUUUUAACAAUUCAUAUCAGACAUACAGCCCACUCUGAAACCUCACUACAGUUUUUAUGUUUAUAUUUGUAAUUUAGCCACUAUAUUUCCAUUAACUGUAAAAUGGGUAUAAGAGGUUAUCAUCAAGGAGAGAAACAUGAUUUAAUAAUCUACAUGUUAUUUCACUUUGCUCUUCAACAGCUGUCGCUAUGGUGCUGCUGAGCCACACACAGUGGCAUCCUUUUUGGGAGGUAAGUUCUACAGGACUUGGAGCCGAUUAUGGUCUAGGAUCCUCAUACUAUUUUGUUAUGGGAUAAACAUUUUGUUUUCUUGGAGUUUGUGCAAAUGUUCCAUCUUCCAUAUGCUUUCAAUGUGUUUCCUUAGGAUCUGCUGCACAAGAGGCCAUCAAAAUCAUCACUCGUCAGUUUGUUCCCUUCAACAACACGUUCAUCUACAAUGCCAUGUCCCAGACAACUGCCACGUUUCAGCUGUAGAAGAAGCUAUUUUCCUCCUUAAUGACAUGCACUUAACCCCUCUGUAAAAUAUAUGAAUGGAAAGUUUCAGCGUAGUAGCGGUGAUAACUGAAAGUUUGUGUAGAUGGAACACUUUGUUCAUACUGUAUGUUUCCACUUAUUAUUUUGUUAUUGCUGAAUGAAGUUAAAGGAAGUUCUGAAGGACUGUUUCCGAUUACUUUUCAAUGUUUGUGUCCUGACUGGUUUACUCUAAUGGGUUUGCUCUCACAUUGUUGCGCUUAUUAGGACAUUUUAAUAUUUUACCUGCCAAAUUCAAACCAUUCAAGAAAUGUCCCAGGGUUUGAAUUAUUUCCUCUAAAGAUAUCCUGCACUAAACUAGACAAUGAAGUUUGAGGUAAAUGCAUGUGGUGUACCUGUACAUUAGAUCCCCAAGGAACUCUGAUUGUGCUCCAACAUCUAGUGCCCUGAUGGGAAACAGUCUGGAUAUGCUACUUUACAUGGCCAGCAGUAGGGGGCGCAUGGUCCUCCUGUCCAAAUCAAAAUGAGCUGACUAUCAUGUGAGCUUCAUGAUAAACAAGCAAAAUUGCCACCCUAAUUUGACCAAAUUUGACCAUGAUUGGGCACAAUUCCCAAGACAUUGGCCCUCAUAUGGCCCGAUGGUGAUAUAAGCUGUGAAAGAAAAUCGGUACCUUUUCCUGUUGACUGGUAGAAUAACCCCAACAUGACACAAGUGUCUCUAUAAGUAAGAACAAAUCCUCUAGGAGCUGUGUAAUAUAUUGUUGGUUUGGUUACUUCCCCAGUUCAGAUUAUAGAGCAUUGGUGGAGUGGUGUUUGUCACUAAAUGCAAUGUGUGUUCUGUGGUGAGCAGGUACUCCGCUAACUCCACACUUCACCAUAAAGAUUUCUUGGAGUAUGGACAUAUUUUUUCCCCUAAUGAAUAAAAAUGCUCUGUAUUUUGUUGCAGCACAUAAA